ACUAUUCCUGAGUACCGCGUUUCCUUAUUUAACCUUUUCAACUCUUCUUUCUCACUGGUCAAACUUAUCCCCGCCUCUAUAUAUAUUCUCCAUAUGUAUCUCCAUGUCGUCUUCAUCCUCUCUUCAUCUCUCUCUCUGCAUCUCCAAAAUUUCGAACAGAGAAGAAGAAGAAAGAUUUUUCUAAUCGAUUUUUGAUUUUGACCUCUUCAAUGACCGGCGGCUCUUUGUUUUCCAGCAAGGCAUCUUCUCCCUCGCACCACCACCGCCGCCAAGUCUCUCCGCCGCGCCACACCUUCUCGGAGUCGAUUAUGGACGAGAACAUCGAGUUCGCCGAAGAAGUCGUCCGGAGAUGGGACGUAGAUGCUCCCAAAAAACACGACAACUUUGAAUCUAUGUUCGUCGAUGACCGGCGAGAGGCCAAGAGGUUCCUCGACGCGGUUACCGGAUUGCAGAGCUCGAUGCACUAUUUCGUCGGCGUAAACCCUAACUCCGCCAAACUCGUCCGAGCUCAGACUCUGAUGAAAAUUGCUAUCAAGAGGCUCCAGAAGGAGUUUUACGUGAUUUUAUCCGCCAAUCGGAAGAAUCUCGACUCUGAAUCCGUCUCCACCCGCUCCUCUAGAGCUUCUCUCAGAUCUAGCGUCUCCGAUUUCUACGAAGACGAUGUUUCCGAGGAGGAUGAUCAGAAUACGACGCCGUCUCGAACGCCGCCACGCACUCCGCCGCGCACUCCGCCGAGAGAGGAUAAUUUUUCCUUGGAAGCGGACACUGCUGUGGCGGAUUUGAAGAACAUCGCCGAUUGUAUGAUCUCCACCGGCUACGCGAAGGAAUGCGUCAGGAUUUACAAUCUCGUCAGGAAAUCGAUCGUCGACGAGGCUCUGUACUAUCUAGGAGUCGAGAAAUUGAACAGUUCUCAGAUGCAGAAAAUGGAAUGGAACAUUCUAGAACAAAAAAUCAAGACCUGGCUCCACGCCGUGAGAGUCGCUGUGAAAACUCUCUUCUACGGAGAAAGGAUUCUCUGCAACCUCAUCUUCGCCGCGUCGGAGAAGAUCGCCGAAUCCUGUUUCGCCGAGAUCUCCAGAGACGCCGCCGUGAAGCUGUUUAGCUUCCCGGAGAAUUUCGGCAAGAGCAAGAAGAUUCACUCGCCGGAGAAGAUCUUCCGCGCGCUCGAUCAGUACGAGUCGAUCUCCGACCUAUGGCCGGAGAUCGAAUCGAUUUUCUCCUACGAUUCGCUCUCGGCGGUGCGGUCGGAGGCGGUGGCGGCGCUGUUGAAGCUCGGCGAAGCCGUGAGGACUAUGUUGAUCCAGUUCGAGGCGGCGAUUCAGAAGGACUCGUCGAAAACACCGACCGCCGGCGGCGUGCAUCCGCUCACUCGGUACGUGAUGAAUUUCCUCGUUUUCCUCGCCGAUUACAGCGGCUCCGUCUCCGACAUAGUCUCCGACUGGCCGGUGAACGCGCAGACGCCUCUACCAGAAUCGUACUUCUCCAGCCCCACCGCCGGCGGCGGCGAGGACCCAUCGGCGGCCGCCAUAACCGCCAGGUUCGCGUGGCUGAUCCUCGUCCUCCUCUGCAAACUCGACGGCAAGGCGGUGCUAUACAACGACGUCGCAUUGUCGUACCUAUUCUUAGCUAACAAUCUAAACUACGUCGUUUCGAAGGUCCGGAACUCCAGCCUGGGUCUUCUAAUGGGGCCCGAAUGGAUCUGGGCCAACCGAUCCAAAGUGAACCGUUACUUAGCCAAUUACGAAAGAAUGGGAUGGAGCAAAGCGAUCUCAGCCCUUCCUGAAGAUCCAACGGCUGAGAUCUCUCCGUCGGAAGCAAAGGAAUGUUUUAGAAGCUUCUACUCGGGCUUUGAGGAAGCGUACAAGAAGCAAACCUCAUGGGUCAUACCCGACCCGAAACUGAGAGAUGCCGUGAAAAUCGAUCUCGCCAAAAAAAUCGUGCCGAAUUAUCGUGAGUUUUACCAAAAGAACAGGGCGCAGUGCACCGGGGAUAUGGGAAUGGGGCCAAUUGUCAGAUAUGCCCCCGAGGAUUUGGAUAAUUACUUGUCGGACUUGUUUUUUCCCAACGGCGAGUCCAGCACUACGACGUCGUAUUCGCACUCCACUGUGUCGUCCCGUGGCCGCUGAUCAAAUUCCUUUAUUUGAUGUUUUAUUGUUGUAGAAUUAAUAUUAUUAAAUGUGAUUAUGUGUAUAGUUUAUUUAUUUAUUUAUUUUGGUAUCUCUCUAUAUGUAUAUUUAAAUCUUUCUUGGUUC